AUGUAACGUUCGUACUCUCUCUCUCUCUCUGUCUCCCUCUCUCUCUCUCUCUCACUCGACGAAGGGAAGAAUAUAACAUUCAUAUACUGAGACGGAGACAUCCAAAUCGAAGAUGCACAAGGCAAAGAGCGAAGCAAUCUCAAUCUCUCUUUACUCUCUUCCUCUCACUCAUUUCUCUCCAAUGACCGUCAAUGCUUGCCAGGAGGGCCAAGAUGCCUAUAACAUUUCACUGAUACCUGAUGAUGUCACCACUAAUGAACAGUGUGGAUCGCAAUUAGCUUUUUUAGGCCAUUCAGAAGUUCCCACUCCAACCAAUACUGAGGUGUGCUCAAAUGUUGAAUUAAAUUACAAAAACUACAUCAAUUUGGGGAUGGAAAAUGCAGGUGCUUAUUCCCCAUUUGUCAUGGAAAUGGAUAUUGAGAAGGGGAGUCCUGGGACACUUACAACCAAUGAUGAAGCUGUAGAAAAAUUGAAGAUUGAGGGUCCAAUAACUCACUUGGAGAGGGCAUUGCAGAAGCAGAUUGGCUUACAGAUAGGGGAGAAAUGCAUGCAUCUUUUAAUGAAUGAUAGCCUUGCUUUGCCCAAAUUUAUUUCUAGAGACAAAUCUGCUACUGAAAGGGUUCAUGAAACACCUAAUAACAGAACAAGGAAAUACAAGCGUUCUGCUUCAUUCAAUUCAAGAAAAAUUGUUCUGCUGUUCUCCAUCUUGUCAAGUAUGGGAACAAUGAUACUGAUAUAUCUGACACUAAGAGUGAAACAGAUUGGUGCUUAAAUCUCUUCUUCUCUGAAGGUGUCCCUCUAAAACUGCUCUUAAGAGAUUUCGCAUGCACUUAAUUUUGUUUAACAUUAAACUUUUCCUUUAGAUUGGGCCCUUCUUAUCAUCAUUGUACAUAAGUUGAAUUUGCGUUCGUAAUCGUAAUUCUAGUUGAUCCUCUCCGUCA